UAACUUCUAUCAUAUAUAUUAAGCAGGUGCCCGAUUUUUACAGCUCAUUUCCGGCAUAAGUUCCUGUGGUUACAACAAACAAGAUGGCGGCAACAUUAGCAAACUUCGUGCCAGGCAAAUGAAAAACGUUCUUUUUCUGAUACCGGUUUAAAAAGUUAACAGAGUUAAAUAUUACAUAAUCAUCGGACUUAGAUUUUAACAAUGGCCCGACAUGAAGUCGUUCAUAGACGCCGACACCGACCUACAUCUGUAGAUUUCGGGGAACCAAAACAGCGAUAUGUUGAUACUUGGGCGGGUACAUUCGAUACACAGUUGUAUGGAGACGAUAUUCAGGCGCUGUGUCAUAAUACACAAAUUAACAAGGAGCUCUUGAAGGAAUCCAUGAAUAUAAAAGGACCAAGAAUGAAAUACGUCUUACAAACAGACGAGGCAGUACCGGCGAAAAAAGCUGCCAAAGAUUCGCCUGUCCAUACCGCAUGGCAUGAUACCAAUGUGAUGUUUACCAGUUCUGCAGUAUUAGACAAUCUCAAAAAACCAGGAUUGAUUACAGAGGACAUGGAGACAGAGUCUGUUAUAGCUCAGAAUUAUGGAGGAAAAUAUGUCAACAAGUUCUGUUAUUUUUGUUCUACUAUGGAGGAACAUGAACGACAUAUGCUGCUUCAGAGGAAGAAACGUCCAGUGACAGCACGCCCUAAAAUUGAAUAUAUUGCUCCUCGUCCAAGAGUGAAGAAGAAGAAUGAGGAAGAAGAAAGAAUCCCUGUUCAUGAAAAUCUCUAUAAAGUUGAUGUUUAUACCGGAGACAUUGAAUUGGCUGGGACUACCGCUAAUGUGUCGAUUACCAUUGUGGGAGACAAAGAGGUUCUAGACAAGACCAAACUGACCAAAGGUAGAGGGUCAUCUAACUUCUGCUUCAUGAUGAAUACAAAAGAAACCUUUUACCUAAAGGGGCCAAGAUUAGGAGUAUUACGCAUGGUCACUAUUGAGCAUGAUGGUAUGGAGAAAAAACAUUCAUGGUAUUUAGAGAAAAUAAAUGUUACGGACAUGAAGACUGGACAAGAGUGGACAUUCUACUGUAAGAACUGGCUCUCUCUACACAUCCCGGACUACUGUAUGAAGCGGGAUCUGAUGGGAGAGGAGAAACAGAUUCCUCAGGAAGAAUAUGUUAUAACGGUAACGACGGGGAAGAAGAUGAUGUCCGGGACUGAUGCCAACAUCUUCGUCACUCUGUAUGGGUCACAGGGCGAGAGCAAGAAAAUCCUUCUGGUCGACAAAACAUCAGGGAAGAAGGCAUUCGAGAAGGGAAAGUCUGAUGUAUUCGCAGUCGCAAUGCCAUCUCUGGGAGAUCUUAGGAAACUAAGGAUUGAACAUGAUGACAAAGGGUUUGCCUCAAGUUGGUAUCUUAGCAAUAUUGAAGUUUUCCUCAGCUCCAACAGAGCUCAGAAGUACUAUUUCCUAUACAAUGGAUGGAUCGGUAAAGAUGUUGGCGAUGGUAAACUCUACCGUGAUAUCAAGGCACAGAAAUUUCUUCCCAAAGAGCUCACCUCAGAUGGAAGAGGGUCUCGUACAACAUACCAGAUAACAGUGAAAACAGGAAACGUCAGGUAUGCAGGGACGGACGCUAAUGUCUUCGUCAAGAUCUACGGUGAAAAGGGAUCUACCAAGAAACUUAAGUUAGAUGACUCAAAGAAUAACUUUGAGAGGGACAUGACUGAUGAUUUUACAGUGGAAGAAGUUGAUGUGGGAAGCAUGACUAAGAUCUUGGUAGGCCAUGACAACGCUGGAGUAGGGGCCGGCUGGUUCUUAGAUUAUAUCAAGAUAACCCGUCAAAUUCAUCGAGCAGAACAGGAGAAAUACCUAAAAAAGGUGAAACUAGAAAUGAAGAAAAGACAGCUGAAAAAGAAACAGAAUGAAUUGGAUUCCUUAGAAGAUGGAAUGAAAAACAUGGGAAGCCGUCCUCGGAGUGCUCUGAGGAGAGGCUCAGGAGAAGAUCUAGUUUCUCAAGGCAGAAGUUCGAAAAGAAGAGGCUCUUCUUCCCAGGAUCAAAUACUGGAAAACAGGCUUUCUGUGAGGCGAGGUGAGGGAAAAGGUGAUUCCAGAAAAAAUAAGAAAAAUCGAGACUCAUCCAGUUCUGAUUCAUCUGAUUCAUCCAGUGAAGAGGAAUCUGAUGGAUGAUAAGAGAAGAAAGAAUAGAAAAGGAAAGAAAAAUCAAAAGGAGAAAC